CAUCGUCCCGCCAUGGCCGACGAUGGAGACAGCGGACCUGGAAGAUUUGAACAGGAUUUUGAAGGAAGCGGUGGAUGGUGCCAAAGAUUUCCCCCUGGAGCCGCUACUCAGCAUCCAGCAGGAGGAUGCCAGCAAAGUCACAGUCCAAGAACUGUGGCUGGGCAAUUCCGAUGGAAGUCCAACCCCAUGUGCGGUCGCCUACAAGUGGAGGUGCCAGCAGACAUUCAAGUCACAAAGUCUUGGCUUGGUGUGGCUGGAGGAUAAGAAGACGCAACGCGACAGAAUGUCCAGUUGGUCCAGUUGGCCAUUGAAGGCACAGCCGCUGCCCAGCCGAUGGUUCGCACCUGACGAGACGAAGGAGGCGCUAGUGCAUCUCGAAGAAGCCUUGAGAUCUUCGCGUAUGGUUGUGAAACCAAGACACGCCGCAUGUGGACAGGGCAUGACGAUCCUCAGAGAAGCGAACGAAGAAGCCAUGAGGACUGCAUUGCAGGAGGCGUUAGAGGUGGAUUGCAAACGUGGUGAAACUUGGCACCUGUACCAGGUAGAGAAAGGUGUUGGCAUCGAGCAGAUUUAUCCCAGUGUUGGUGCAAGCAUCAAGGACCCCGAUCGCCCACUGGAGUUGAAACUGCAGACGAUUUGGGGACGAGUGAUUGGCGGCACCAUCCACACGUCGCAAGAGAUUUGGGUCACGGCCUGUGGACGUGUUCUACGCUGUGAUAAUCGAAAGAGUGGCAUCCGACGAAAAUAUGGUCCGAUUCCUGCCUGGAUCCUUGAUGGUGGCUUCGAGACCAUGCUUCAGGAACAUUGGACCUUUUUGGUGUCAGAAAGCGAAAGCAUCGCCAGGCUUUGGGGCUUGGAUGAGGUCCGGGUGGAUUGGUUCUUAGGGUGUCCAAAUCUUGGACCUCGGAUUUGCGAGGUGACCUGGAUGGGCACUGGAGACCGAAUUCCUCCACGGUUGCAGUUGCCUGUGGCGCAGGCCUUUUUCGCAGGACAUCGGCAACGUGCGGCUGUGAAGGCAAACGAAGCCACCCCCGAGACUGCGGAAAACGAGUGUCCAAAUUGCUCCUGGUCUAUGACGCGUUCUGCCUUCUUUCAACCCAGGCAGGCCGCCUUGGCCACGGAAGCAACCGAACGGGGACCGCGAUCAAAGGAUGCGCAGGAGGAGCGGAAAGCAGAGCAACAAACGCUUCACGUCUCGGGUCCCAGGGUGGAUCGGUGGGAUGUCCAACCAUUUCAGAACGGUGAAAAACAUGGUGGACUCCUGGGUCGAUUUGGAGCUGAAACAAUCGCGAGUGUGGCUGGUCAGCCCAUGGGGCUUGCCAAAUUGUACAAUGCCAUCCUUGAUGCAGAUGCAGUGGAGGAGCAUAUUCAGGAUUGUGCGUUUGGUGUGCUAGUAGCGAUGAUGAUUGCAUUGAGAUCGAUUGAUUAUGACUACGGUCAGGCCGCUGCCGCAAGCGUUUUCCUGGAGCUCCAGGGCCUUUUGAAACGCCUGGAAGCGCUGAAGGAAGAGGCCAAAGAAGCUGAGUGGUGGCCUGACACGCACGAUUUGGUCAUUUAUCCCUCAUUGCUGGGGCUCUCUGAUGCUCAUAACUGUUACGGCAGCCAGCUACGUUUCUUCAUCUAUGAGUUGAUUGACUGGACGCCCGCUGGAAAUGCUGAACGAGGAGUUCUGCAUUGUCAGCAUGGCCAGUGGGGUUUGGAAGCUUUGAUCCCCUGGUGGUUUCGUGCUGGGACGUGUGUGACCUCCAAUCCCGAGGAGGCCGACUACUUCUUAGUUCCCUGGCACACCUGGUGUGAUCGUAUGAUCUUCCGGAUGAACCAGUCUCGAGAACCCAUCGGAGACAUCUCAGCAGUUUAUUUGGAUUUGAUGCAUCGCAAGGAGGAGCUACUGCCCCACUGGUCCCGACAGCUUGGAAGGGAUCACAUCUUCAUCUUCUCGGACCAGGGACUCAACUUCUUCCCGGAGUGGCGUGAUCACAUCAGUCACUCGGUUUUCCUCACGACAGAGGCCUUAACUCCUGGCUGCGGUCCAAGCUGCUUCAAUCCCUGGAAGGAUGUGGUGGUACCAGGCCAUCCUGACUACUACCGCUUUCGCAGAAUGCGUGAGGUGAACCUCCCAUCGCAUCAACGUGACCUGCUGUUCAACUUUCACGGCAGACAUCCUGGCUUUGGUCCAUCGUACUACAAGGACAACGUCGUCCGCGGGAAGAUCAUCGACACCUUCACAGGAGUUCAUGGUGUCAGUGUGGGUGGUUUCGUAGAGGGCUACUUUGAAAUCAUGGGUGCUUCGCAUUUUUGCCUCGUGCCGAUGGGAACGUCCUCGUGGACGAAUCAUCUCUACGAGUCCUUCUUCGCAGGCUGCAUCCCCGUGAUCCUCAGCGAUAGCUUUGGUGUUCCCUUUCAAGGAGACAUCAACUGGGAAGACUUUUCCAUCAAGUGGCCCAUGGCAGAUGUGGACAUGGGACUUUACCACUACCUGCUGUCGAUGCCAAGAGAGAAGCUGUUUAGGAUGAAGGCAGCUGUGGACGCGCAUGCAUGCUGGUUUGACUACCAUCAAACUUUGGAAGCAGGUCAGAACUGCUCCCCCUACUUGGGCAUCCUGCAGGUCCUGGAGCGUCGUCGCUUUGCCGUGGAUCGGCUUCCAG